ACCAACGAAAUUGCGAAUCUUUUAUUAAUUAUUUAGUAUGCAAAUGACGUGAAGAAACUCAAGUCAAGGGGAACAAGUUUGUUGGUAUGCAAAUAAGAGGGGAAGUGUGGAGAAGAUUUGUAUUUUUUCAUGAAGGAAACUUAUAUUUAAACGUACUAAUGAGUUUUAUGGUUUAUAUGGACCAAAGUUUAGUAGUAUGUUAAAUCAAUGCAGGGGAAGUGUGAAUGAAUAGAGAAGAAUUUUGUUGUUGUAGCGGAAUCGCUGGUAACUGCAGAGCGGAUAAACUCGCAAGAAGGGGCACACGUGGUCCUAUUUCACCAUGCUGUGAACGAGUCAGCGCUCCGUUGUACCGACCACUGGAUUACUGGACCUCUCGCGAACUUGGUAAACCUCGGUUAACAACCAAAACUGACCCUUUUGGUCCAGAGUGGAGCGUAAGGGGUCGGUGGAACUACGAGCACUUAAAAAAAGUUCACCUUUCCGAAGUAGUGGGAGUACUCACCGAACACUAUGGAAUAGGCAUACAUGCGAUGAGGUUAGGAAUCCUGCCAUAAUGAAAGUGCCAUAUCUGUAUGGAGGAAGGCGAGCAUAUAGGCAUUUCCUACUCCACUGUCCAGCGUUCGCAAGACUGAAGUUGGAACAUCUCGGUAGACAUACUUUAAACGGAUCAUACGAACUUGUCGGAUUCGAAGUUAGCCGCCUCAUAAAAUUCGUGAUAGGCUCAAAGAGUUUCUUUGCGAUUCAUACACAGGAGUCUUCUGGCAUCACAAUGGACUGCCACCUUUAGCUGUCCAAGUGGGAUCCUCCGCGAGACCUGUCGCUGUAUCAAAAAUUUUAGCUUAUCCUAGCGGGAGAAAACAUUCCCUCCAUAAUAUGCCGAGAUACUGUAGAGUUAACAGUGCUUGAAUGAAUAUAAAUACUGGUCGAUUCUAGUUAUGUAGACCUGAUUGCCGUGAAAAAGGAGUCAAUGAUUGUCAAUAGCAGCUCACACUGGAGUAAUGUCUCGAGGGCUUGUUAAUGAUGUCGUGGAAAUUAAAUCACUAACAAUCGCGGAUGUAAAGAUCCAUCAAUUUCGCGAAAGCUUGGUUUAAUAUAGAAGAUAGCCUAUGAAGGAACGACCUUGUUAUAUCAAACAUAAACACCCUUUCAUUCACUUUCUGUCUCAACUCUUGCUUUAUAACUUAUCAACCAAAAUCAAUUUUAAGGAGAAUACAAAUAGAUGUUACAAAAUUUAAGUCCAUCAUUUUUAAUAAAUUUUCACAUAUCUAUGGUGAAAACCCAUAUGAAACACUUUCAAACUUUCAACCCCAACAAUACUUGCUUUUAGUUGUACCACUUGGUUGCCUUGGAAACACCCGAAGCCGGGCAAACUCUUCACUAAGAACACAAAAGUCACAAAUCGUAGCAUUUUUGUGACAUUCAUGAGUCUUAAAUUAAUCUUAUAAAAUUAACAUAAAAAAAAUUAUAAUGAGUGGUCCACUCACUCAAACUGGAAAGAAAAAAGCUAAACAUAAUCUUCGGAAGAACACGCAGAAGCAGGCGAACCGCACAAAAUCCAAACGUUGUAAAUCACGACCCACACGUGAGUACCAGGAUAAUGAACGCGAAGUACAAGUUUUGUUGGAGAACACAAGUCUCUCAAUCGACAGCAGUCCACAGACACAUCGAAAAGAUGAGCUAACGCUGAGUUUAGAUUUCUUUUGCCGCACCAGCGAGGAAGAACUGCUAACAACCGGGAGUAUUGCAACACGUAGGAAGGAUUUGAGGAACGAAAGUGUUGAGGAAGCCAGUCUGGAUGAUGACAGUGUGAGGACUGGGGAGAGCGAUGAAGCGCAGGAAGUGUACACAAGCGCCGACGAGGAGGAGGAAAAUGUGACUAAUGGCAGCGAGCAGACCAUUUCACCGACUUCUACACAGCAGCGGGAACACACCGCUUCCACCUAUAUACAAAUUGACGAAGAUGUGGUCGUGCAAUUGAGUGCGAGUGAAAUAUUUAUACCAGAUGCCAAUUUGCUUUUCAAGCCACAGACGGAACUCACGUCGGAAAUCGCCUUGGCUGUAAAUAGUCUUGGCAAAAUGGAUAGUAAGGGAAAGCCUCAAGUAUUGAGCCCUAACAUCUGUCGCAUGCUGAACCGACAUCAAGCAGAACAGCGAGCGAGAGAUGAACCCAUUUCUAAAGCAGUUGUGGAGCAGCUAACACACGCAAUGUGGUCGCCAUACAUGAAGGAUCGUACACUUUAUCGUAGCUUUUGCGCUCACAAAUUCCACCCUAUUUUCUGCGUACCGACACGUCAACCAGACGAGAUACCCACAAGAAAGUUUGUGCGCAUCUACUUGAAGGAGCUACUAUUCACGAACCAUCGGCAUUUGUCGGAGGAACAUCGACUUGCCAACGCGUUGGAAGAACUCUUUGAGCAGCAUGUGCAGCGGCAACAGCAACGCGUUUGUGAAAAGUUACGUGCACAACUGCAGACCGAACGUCGUGUGGUCAAUGAGCUGCUGCAGCGCGAGUCAAAGAGCAGCGCGGAACCGGAGUCGGCGCGCACAAUUGAGCGACGUGCGCGCAAACUGGAAGAUCAAUUGUUGAGCGUGCGGGCGUUACGCAACAGGCUUUAUGAGGAGGAGGCGCAAUCUAAGCAGCUGCUCAAAGAAAUACUCGACACUUGGAAGCGGCUCAAGCAACAACGUAAAACACAAGACUAUCAAUGUACGCGCUUCAAGCUACGUAUUCAUGUGGAGGAUGCGACAAACGCGCCCGUGGAAGCACAACGUUGGGCCGAACGCUUCGAGACGGACUUGAAUGAGAUCUAUCGCGAGGAGUUGGAGAUUUAUUAUCGCGCUAAACGUUUGUGGAAGGCGCGCGACCGCAAAGCGGAUAUAGCUGAAAUGCCGAUUAAGCCACGUAAACCGGAUAUCACACAGCUCUCGACCGAGUUACGCGCCAAGUUGGCAGAGUGUUUGGGCGCACAAGGUGAACCGAAGAUCAAUGUACAACUGCACCGCGUCUGCGAGAGCGAGUUUUACAAUCUGCCCGGUUUGAAACGAUUAAAAAGUUUCUACAUGAAAAUUUAUUUCGACGGUGAGUUUGUGAGCGCGACGCGCAGUUAUCGCAUUGAACCCGAUUUACGCAUACCGAUGAACGAAAUUUUUGGUAUAUUUUUGGAGCGACGCAUGCCGAAGGAUAUAAGAGUAGCGCUUUACGAAAAAUUCCGUCUCCAAUCGGCGCGCAAAGUUGUCGAUAUAUCGGUGCCAAUACCGCAAGCGCUGCACACGGCCGACACAGAGGAGCAACGCAUAUCUUUUACAGCGCAGAAGUCCAUAAAUGUCAGUGGCCGUCUCACAAUACGCUUUCAAUGUGAGGAGCAAGUGGACCUAAGCGCUCGCUGGUAUGUGCCAACUGCUGCCAACAACAACAGCCCCACUGUAUCACUACAAAGCUCACCCGGGAGUCAAGCAAAUGCGCGUGAGUUCCAUGCCGAACAACUCUUAGCGCAAUUGGACGAUCACGCGCAGCAUACUGAUAACGAUGAAGUAGCAAGUGAGUUGGACGUACCUGCGCCAACAUCACUUAACACCUGCACCUUUGAAGAGGAGCUGUUGCAGUUUUGCCCCAUCGAAGAGUUGGAGCACAAUCGACGCUUUAAGUUGCUGCGCUCGCGUUAUCAGAAAAACGAUGCGCGCACGCGCGAUCUACGCUUCAUUGCGGCGCUUGAUAAUGAGCUCGAAUUCGACUGGUCUGACAAGGAGGAGGCGGUCAUUGAAGCGGGCGAUUGGAUGGACCCCAUAGAUUUGCAUAAACACGAGGGUAAAAAGUAUCUCAAGCAACUCUAUGAGGCGAUACGCAGCCAAUACGCGCGUUUGAACAUUGCCUCGGCGAACGCGGAAGAAUUGCUAAUCGGCGAUGUGCCUGCCAGUUGGAGCACCUUCUUUCAGGCUUUAAGUUUGAUCUUCAAUCCCAAACGUACGCUGAGCGCAACACCCACGCAAUCAAGUACGUCACGCGCGUACGCUUUGGACAUGGAUGCUAGUCAGAACUACAAGAUCGUUUUGAAUAUCGUGCGCGCUACCGGUAUACCCGUGCGUAUACCGAACUCGUCGGAUAACGAGAGUAAAGAACCCAGCAAUGAGAGUCCAAAUAUGUUCGUGUCACAGCUUUAUAAAUACUCCAAUGUGCGUCCAUUCAUAGUAUUGAGUUACAAAGACAAGUUUUGUCGCUCGCUAACGGUUGAGGGUUCAAAUCCGACAUGGAACGAACAGCUCAUUUUGCAGUUCAGCGGCAGUUUGACCGAUCUACGCGACGAUCUCAAGAUAUCACUAUUCGACGAAGUGAUCGAGAACCAUGUCAACGAUGAUCUUAGCGUGCGCAAUAUGGACAUUUAUCAGCGCAUACAAACUAAUUGGUUGGGUGAAUAUCGGUUCCCCAUACACACGCUACUCGCACAACAAAAGCUUGAUGGCGUAAUCGAGCUGAAUACACCCAAAGUGCUACUUGGUUACAAACAACCAACACUGGAGCACAUAACCUCACAAGCUGACAUGAGCAUUUCGAUGGAACAGUUUCCGGAAAUCAAAGAAACGGUGCGCCUUUGGUUCUACAUUAGCAUUGAGCCGCAUGUUACGCUGCCACGCAUCAGCACCGCUAGUCUGGAAUGUGCCGAACUGAGAGAUAUACGUCAGCAACUGCAACAAUGGUCACUGCAAGCGCAAGAGCUGCAUCCAGAGCGCUACAUUGAACCGUUAGUUUGCACGGCAGAGGGUAAACGCGUGUGCUUGACGCGUCUCUUGGAACCGGUGCCGCUGCCACUGGAGGUGAGCGAACAGAAGUUCGAGUUGGCUUGCCGCUUCGUCGCGCUCUUAAACGUGCUGAAGACCUACGAUCCAUGCAUAUGUUUCGAUGGCAUUUGGUUGAAUAAUCAAUGUGUGCUGGAUACUAAUUGGUGUACGUUGAAGGAUCUUGGCGUGUUGUUGUGUAAUUUUCUGCUCGGCAUUGGUGUCCACUGUUGGCUCGUGCUCGGUCAUGCUACCACGUACGGUGAGUGUGCGUUUGUGCUCUAUAGAAGUGAGGAGGGUGAGCUCUUGCUUAUCGAUCCCUAUACGGGCAAACGUUUUGGCACACGCGAUGUCUUCUGUCCGCUCUAUAAGAUUUGUAUUGUAGUGGCGCCGGAUAAUCUAUAUUGCAACAUACAGUCUGAGGCGCGUGUCACAAUGACCAACUUCAAUUUGAAUGACACAUCCUGCUGGCUGCCGGCCUUCUCUAAGCGCAAUCCUGCGCCUUUGGGCGGUGUACAAAAGCUGAAUUAUACCUACCAGCUCUCAUUCAACACUUUCGAGUUGAAACGCAAUAUUGAGCGUAAAAUAAUGAAGAAAAUCAAUUCGUGGCGCACUAUGCGUAAGACCAUUUGGAAUCGCGCCUUUCAGCCACGUCUUCAAAGCAUACUUCAGGAUCUAGAGCAACUAUGUAUUUCCGAUAAUGGCUCGUACACCGAAGCUAAGUACACGGACCAAGUAGCGGCUGAGUUCCCAAGCUAUAAAAUCUAUGGCUAUGCGCUCAACUUUCCGUAUACAAAUCUCACAUCGAUUUCCGAACGCAUAAAGUCCACAGGCAUACAUUUGAAUUCGGACAAACGUGUGGAGUUUUGCUUGGCAACGCACAUACACAUCUAUCCAAACGAUGUGCUCUCUGUGUGGAUAUUUCUGAUAUCGUUGAUACCCAAUCGGUUUAACUAGGAGUUAAGGGGGCUUUACUAAAAUACAUAUUUCUAAUGUAUAUAUAUGUGUGUAUAAUUGUGCGAAGCGGACUUAGUGUACUUUAUCUGUAUAUAUAAUUUGUUUUUCAUUUUUAAUGUUAAACUAUUUGUUUUUUUUUACUCUUCCUUUACUGAUAUAUGAAUAAAAAUUUAUUUUAAGCCUACAACAACAAAUUACAACAGCAAUGAAUUUGCAAAAAUCGUGUGUAUCUUCUAUUAUUGAUGAAAAAAAUAUAGUUCCUGGCAAGCGAUAAGGUCUGCGCCAUAAAAAUGAAUCAGGGAACACCUUACGCUGACAUAAUCGCAAUGCAACGAUGCGCACCAGAAGCCGGUAAUCAGGGUACAUGUGUACGAAUAGUUGGAAUUUUGAUAAGUUCAGGCGUUAUUAUCACAAUGUAGUUAUUAAACAUUGGACAGUUUGUCUUUGAAAGGGUGCGUGCUAACAACAUACUCAUUUAACGCUUCAUAUCGAAAUUCUAGACAUUUGGACUAGCUAACUGCACUGCGUUGAGGCAUUGGAAUAAUACGGAAUAUAGUAGAGAUCGCAAAGCAUGAUUAAUUAAUUUGGUGGAAUUCCACAACUUUUCUUAAUAUUUAAGCGGCAACGUUAUUGAAAAACAAUAAUUUUCUGCGUUUGAGUGUUGUGAUUUUUUAAACAGUGUACAUUUUGAAAUAAACACUUUGUAAUGUU